AUGAGACACCCAAUCACAGCGCAGCAGGUGAAUGAGCUUGCCGCUCAGCUAGAUGCUUCUACUCGACUACUUACCGCCGCAGAUGGCGAUUAUUAUGAAAAGUUAAUCUCCCGUUGGGCAGAUAACGCUGUGAAACGUGCUGGUGCUGUCGCUGUUCCCGUUUCAUAUGAUGAAGUGUCCAAGCUGGUCAAAUUCGCAUCUGCUAAUAAGCUUGAGCUUGCCGUGAGGGGAGGCGGCCAUUCUACGGGAGGAACUAGCUCUACCGAAGGCGGACUCACCAUUGAUCUCUCAAGGAUGCGUGCCGUGAAGGUUGACAAAGACACGAAAUUGAUCGUUGCUCAAGGCGGUGCCCUCUGGGAAGACGUCGACAAUGCCGCAAUCGAGAAAGGCCUGGCAACAGUAGGCGGGACUGUGAAUCAUACAGGCAUUGGCGGCUUAACGUUGGGUGGCGGCAUGGGCUGGCUCACGGGCUUAUACGGCACUGUUGUUGACAAUCUGGUCGAAGCUAAGAUUGUCGUUGCCGACGGACGCAUCCUGUCCGUCUCAGAAAAUGAGAAUGCUGAUCUAUUCUGGGCAAUACGCGGCGCGGGCCACAAUUUUGGCGUUGCAGUUGAGUUCACUUUUCGAGGAUAUGACCAAACAAACGAGAUUUAUGCCGGUGGCUUGGUGUUUACUCCCGAUAAGUUGACCUCUCUGGUGGAGGGAUUCAAUACCAGGAUGAAGACUUCAGAGCCCCAAGCUGCGGGUAUGCUUCUCUUUGCAAAGCCCCCUGGGAUGCCCGUUGCCGUGGUUGUCGUCAAUGUCUUCUACAACGGUGAUGAAGCUGCAGCAAAGGAAUAUUUCAAAUUCCUAUUCGAUUUACAACCUGUCGCCAUCACCGCGAAAAUGAUGCCCUACAACCAUCUCAAUGCGCUAUUGAAUCCUCUGGCCACGCAUGGGCGCCGCAAAGCUCUGAAAGCAGUCACGGUCACCAACCACAUUGAUGUAGCGUUUGUACAAGAGCUUUACAACGACUAUUCACAGCAGCUAGAGAAAAAUCCCGACAUGUCUGCGUCGUUUUUGGGCAUAGAAAUUCAUGACGUAUCGAAAAUCCAGAGCGUGCCUUUGGAGUCGAUGGCGUUUGCCAACCGGGGGCCUUACAGACCCGGUAUUGUCGGGCUGGAAUGGACGGACCCCAAGAUGGAUGAGGAGAACAGAGCCUGGGGGCGAAUGAUUCAGGCCAAGUGCCGACAAGCUAUUAUCGCCAGCAAGGAGUUUUCCGGGGAUACUAAAACUUCAUUGGAAUAUGCCAACUAUGUUGAGCCUGGCGAUCUUAUAACCGAUAGGCCCUUUGGCGGCAAUCAGCAACGACUGGCCAUACUGAAACAGAAAUACGAUCCCGAUGUCCUGUUUUACAAAACAAAUCCCAUUACGCCACUACGUACCGAGGCCAACUAA